AUGUAUCAAAAAUAUACAGGUAUACAACCGACUCCAGCGGGGCUUGCACAACCGAUCGCGCCAUUCCAACAACAACAACAACAGCAGCAGCAACCACAACUCAACACAACAAUUAGCGCGAAACCAACAACUAAACUGGGUGCAACCUGGGCCGACACAACCGGGACCAUCAACAUCGACGUAGACAAUCUCCUGGCUCCGAGAUCCCCUAAAGCAGGGCCCGCCCCCUCCAUCAACCAGCUGAAGUCGAGUCCGAACAGCCCGGCGCACAGCUUACCUCCCCAAAUGCCGAUGUUGGCCCCACAGAUGCCUAUGGGUGGUUUUAUGAUGAGUCCGAUCAUGAACAAUAACUUACCGCCUUCAGCUGGCCAAAACAACAACACGAUGCGACCCGCCUUCGCCAAUCAGAACUCGUUCCUGCAAUGA